GGCUGCCCAGGGUGGCUGAGCACUCCGCCGACAAGCCUGUGUGACUGUCGUGAGCCGGUCAGGAGGGCUGCGCGGUGUGGGUCGCUUGUAAAGCCUGGGAGGAAUACCUGCUAAAGCAUGGUGGCGCAUGAUGAGAUUGGAGGUCUCCUACCUAUUAAAAGGACGAUUCGAGUCCUAGAUGGGAAUAAUCAGUCCUUCCGAGAGCAAGAGGAGCCAAGCAAUAAAAGAGUCCGAUCUCUAUCUCGGGUCUCAUCCUUGGCAAACUUAAUCUCUCCUGUAAGAAAUGGAGCAGUCAGACGCUUUGGCCAAACAAUACAGUCCUUUACACUUCGUGGUGACAGCAGAUCCCCGGCUUCUGCCCAGAAGUCAUUCAGCAGGUCAACAGUCCCAACACCCACCAAAAGGAGAAACAGUGUCCUCUGGUCCGAGAUGCUAGAUGUCAACAUGAAGGAGUCUUUAACUACGAAAGAAAUCAAGCGCCAGGAGGCAAUAUAUGAAAUGUCCCGAGGUGAACAGGAUUUAAUUGAGGAUCUCAAACUUGCAAGAAAGGCCUACCAUGACCCCAUGUUAAAGCUGUCCAUUAUGUCAGAAGAGGAACUCACACAUAUAUUUGGUGAUUUGGACGCUUACAUACCUCUGCAUGAAGAUUUGUUGGCAAGAAUAGGGGAAGCAACCAAGCCUGAUGGGACAGUGGAGCAGAUUGGUCACAUCCUUGUGAACUGGUUGCCAGGCUUGAAUGCCUACAAAGUCUACUGUAGUAACCAGCUCGCAGCGAAAGCUCUCCUUGAUCAAAAGAAACAAGAUCCAAGAGUCCAAGACUUUCUCCAACGAUGUCUUGAGUCUCCUUUCAGUCGAAAACUAGAUCUCUGGAGCUUCUUAGAUAUUCCUCGAAGUCGCCUGGUCAAAUACCCUUUAUUGAUCAAAGAAAUUCUCAGACAUACUCCCAAAGAUCACCCUGAUGUUCAGCUUCUGGAAGAAGCUGUACUGAUAAUCCAAGGCGUUCUCUCUGAUAUCAACUUAAAGAAAGGUGAAUCAGAAUGCCAGUAUUACAUUGACAAACUGGAAUACCUGGAUGAAAAGCAGAAGGACCCUAGAAUUGAAGCAAGUAAAGUAUUGCUUUGCCAUGGGGAACUGAAGAAUAAAAAUGGACAUAAACUUUACAUUUUCCUGUUUCAAGACAUCUUGGUUUUGACUCGACCUGUUACGAGAAAUGAGCGCCACUCUUACCAGGUUUACCGGCAGCCGAUCCCUGUGCAGGAGCUGGUGCUGGAAGACUUGCAGGAUGGAGAUGUUAGGAUGGGCGGGUCCUUCCGAGGGGCUUUCAGCAACUCAGAUAAAGCUAAAAAUAUCUUCCGAGUUCGCUUCCAAGACCCCUCUCCAGGCCAGUCUCAUACCCUCCAAGCCAACGACGUGUUCCACAAGCAGCAGUGGUUCAACUGCAUCCGAGCAGCGAAGGCCCCCUUCCAGGAGGCCGCCAGCCCCACGGAGCUCACAGGUUUGCCAGAGCUCAGUGAAGAGUGUGAGGAGAACAGCCUGUCCGCGUCCAACGUCCAGGCACAGAGAAGGGUCUCAACAGUGUCCACCAUCCUUCAAGUAGACGUGGAGGAAAAUGCCCCCGAAUGUGGGCCUAGUGUGCAGACAGCUGAGGAAAGCAGGAGUGUAAAAGCAAACCGGACGCAGUCUGGGUUCCGGAAAGCAAGGGACAGAGCCCAGUUAAGUGGCAAACGGAAAGAGACUUUGGUAUGAAGAAAACUGCAUUCACAGAUGGGGACACUAUUUAUAAAUGUGUACAGUUUUUGUUGUUGUUUGUGUUGUAACGUGAGUGUGGAAGUAUUAUAGGGGUUACUUUGUACCCAAUUUAAUAUUUCCAUGUUUUUUGUUAUUGUUCUUUUUUUUAAUGGCAGCUAAAAUGACAGUUUUUUAAGAAUAUAAUUUUCUUGGUUUCUUUAGCACAUGAAAGCCUGGUAUCUUUGGGCAAAUGAAACAUGCAUAAAUGUUUUUUUCCUAUUCUCGGUUCAUCACAACUUUGCAAUACCAAUCAAUUGUGCUAUUUAUACUAUUUGACCAAAAUUAGAAUUUUUUCAAAUACUGAAAUUUUACCAGUGUCUCUUUGAGAAAACUUGCAUGCAGAAUUUGAGAUCAUACCCUGGGUAUCUAAAAUUUACAUGGAAUAUAUAUUUUGCAGUAUUUCAAAAUUUAUAUUGAGAUAUAACUUCCUUGGAAAACAAACCAUAAAACCCUUAUAGGUUUUCCAUUUUAUAAACUGGAAUGCUUUAUAUUAGUUUGUUUUUUCACUGCACAUUCCUCAUUCAUUUAACCUGCCGAUUAUUUAAUUUUUUUUAUUAUAAAGUAGCUUUUAGUUAUUUGCUUUUAUUUUUUUACUUGAUGUCCUUUCAAAUCGACAUGUUCUUAAAGUAUUUUUCUUUGAUUUAAAAUGUGUGUGUACGUAUGCGUGUGUAUAUAUAUAUAUAUACAUAUAUAUAUUUUUAAAUCAUAUUAACUUUACCAAGUGAAACCAAGCCAUACUGUUUUUGAGCCAAUUAGAAAAUCACAGUGAUUAAAGUGUAGCAUUUUGGGGUGGUGAAAGUAAAUGAAAUGACUUAGUAUAUUCUAGACUACUGAACGAAAACCACCUUACGAACUGAGUUGAAAGUCGUAGCAUGGACUGAAAAGCAAGAGGGAAAACAGGAUGAUUGGUAAUAGGUUUUUGUGUUUUGUUUUGCUUUAAAGAGGGGAAAAGAGAGUCGUUUUGUCUUAAAGUAGAAUGUCUGGUUGUGCCAGUAUGUGAGCGAUAGUGAAGCUCAACUUGAGGGUAUGUAGUAAGUUGUAGAAGGUUUAAGGGGAAGUGAACUUUAUUUGCCUUGGUUUACAAUACCAGCAAAUAAUGCGUUUGAAAAGAAGCGAUGAGGUGUUUUGAAGUCUUUACAGAGUAGAUCAGUUGUGGUGGACUUAUUCAUAGGAUAGUAAAAAAGGCUGGUGAACCUCUCACUGCAGAAUGCUGUAUGAGUGGCAAUACUUUGUAUUAAAAAAGGAGGGAGAAUCAUAGUCUUUAAAAAGGGGUAAACAGAGUGGGCCCCAAACCAUGUGUCAUGGCAGGUUUAUAAUGCCAAUCGGUUCAAGUAAAUGUUGACUAUUAUGUGAAAUAUAUUUGGCCAGUGAAAAUGAAAAUUGGAAAAGAUUGUAAAUAGAUCACUCCAAAUGAUUUCUCUGUAUAAAUGAAUUAUACAAUUAAAAAACAAAAAAAACCCACCAAAUCA